AUGGCUUCUUCCUCAGAGUCCAGAGGGUUGGAGCUUCCGCCGGAGUUGACGUGUUCGAUUCUGCUCCGUCUUAAGGUUGAAGAUAUACUCGUAAACGUUCAGAACGUAUGCAGAUCGUGGCGACGCGUCUGUAAAGACCCAUCGAUGUGGAGGAAAAUCAACCAUGUAAACCCCGAAUACAUGCAUGACCAUAACGAGGUCAGGCUCCGGGACGCCGUUGAUCGCAGCGAAGGCGGUUUGGUCGAAAUCAGGAUAAGGAACUUCGGUACCGAUUCUAUCCUCGCCUACAUCGCCGAUAGGUUCUCUCUCACUUUCGAUUGGUUUUAA